UCUGGAGAAAAUAGGGUGGUAGAUAUGUAAGAGUUCAGAUUGAUAUGGAAUUAAUUUAGAAGUCACUACAAUCAUUUGUAUUUUAUUAUUAUUUUCUUCCUACUCUAUCCGUUAGGCACCCAUCUUCUUCUCUUACUCGUCAUCAUCGUUUUAAAGUAGAGAGCUGCUCAAUUUUCCCGAGAAAAUAAAAACACACUCUUGCACGCUCAUUUCGUUUUCCGGGAGAAUCCGAUUGUGAUUGCUGCACCCUUUGUGAUAGAAUGAUGGAUCUGUGGGCAGUUCAUGUGAAGAACACAACUGGAAGCCCUCUUUGUUUGAGAAAUCAUUCAAUUCGAGAGAAAUCAUUCAGUUUUGGGAAAGUCAGGUUUUUGGACGUUAGGGUUUUGAAGCGUGAAGUUUCUUCUUUUGGGUAUCAUUCUUUGAGCGUCAAAGCUAUGGCUAAGAAGAAUGGCAAUGAUAACUCCAAUUCCUCUUCUCCUUCUCCUUCUGGAAAUGGAGACGGUUCAAAAGGAAGUAACUCUCCUGAUGGGAACAAAGCCAAUGACUUUGCUUCCCAAAAAUCUCAUAGGGUAAACUUUGAUUGGAGAGAGUUUAGGGCAAAUUUAUUUGCUCAGGAGAAGGCAGGGAAGGCAGAAUCUGAUGCUCACAACCAAACUGGGACACCCCAGGAGUCAAAACCCCUUGGCCUGAAAUGGGCCCACCCUAUUCCUGUACCUGAGACUGGUUGUGUCCUUGUUGCUACAGAAAAACUUGACGGAGUUCGCACUUUUGAAAGAACUGUUGUUCUCCUCCUCAGAUCUGGAACCAGACAUCCACAAGAGGGACCUUUUGGAGUUGUCAUAAACCGUCCACUUAACAAGAAGGUCAGGCACAUGAAGCCCACUAAUAUGGAAUUAGCCACCACUUUUGCUGAUUUUUCUCUUCAUUUUGGGGGACCCCUCGAGGCAAGCAUGUUUUUAUUAAAAACAGGGGAGAAAACAAAGCUUGAAGAGUUUGAAGAGGUAAUUCCUGGCCUGUGUUUUGGUGCUAGAAACAGUUUGGAUGAAGCUGCAGCACUUGUGAAGAAAGGGGUGCUGAAGCCUCAGGAUUUCAGAUUCUUUGUUGGUUAUGCUGGGUGGCAGCUAGAUCAGUUGAGGGAGGAGAUUGAAUCAGAUUAUUGGUAUGUGGCUGCAUGUAGUUCUAAUCUGAUUUGUGGGGGUUCAUCAGGUUCAUCAUCAGAAAGUUUAUGGGAGGAGAUUUUGCAGCGAAUGGGUGGUCAUUACUCGGAACUAAGCCGGAAGCCUAAGCGGGAUGUGUAGGUAAUUAUUAUGAGCCAUCGGUGUUCCCCAAAUCAAUAAACCAUUCCUGAAGCUAUAGCCAGAUAUAUAACUAAGGUAAUGAAGUUAAAUGUACAGAAACUCACAUCUUUGUUAAUUAGAAUCUCUUUUUUCUCCUCUCA